UUUCAGAGCAGGGAGAGAGAGGAAGCACGGGCGGUGGCGUUCGACGGCCGAACGCCGACGGGGUUGUUGGCGCCAGGAGAUCAGGAGCGGCGGCGGCAGCUCAGUGCGAAUCUCGAUUCUCCAGCGACAUAUGCCCCCCCUGGAAGGUAACUCUUCCCACGUCCUCUCCCCUUUAUUGAUCUCUCCCCCCAAAUCGCGCUAGGGUUAGAGCGCUGAUAGCUCGCCGCGGUGGUGCUGGGUGGUCGCCGCCGUGGCGCUUGACUGGGUGGUCGCGCGCGGUGGGUCGUCGCUGUUCCAGGGGGCCGAUUUUGUUCAAAGGGAGGGGUGGCUGGUGGCUAGGGAUUUUGGAGGAUUUUUGUUCCUCCACGGUUUGAUGUAGGUUUAGCUUGCCGCUCCCCUCUACCAGGUUGCGAUUUGCCACAGCUAGCCGCGACCUGUUGUCUCAGACGCCAUGGUGCCCUCCAGAUCUGCGCCUUGACCACCGUAGCUAUUCUAUUUGACGGUUGUAACUUUUUUCCCUGCUGGUUGCAUCUUUCCCUGUCGUCAGUUGUAGAAAAAAUGCCAUGGAUUUCUUCUGUGUUUGCUUAGGAGGAAGAAUCACAAUAGAGAGAUUUGCUUUUUGCUGUUUUGUUAUGAAUGAGAUAGAUAGAUGGUUAUUUUUUCAGUCAUAUUUUGCUGCUAAUGCAUAUCCUAUGAAAACCUGUGUUGGGUUCUUCAAUGUUGUGGUGAUCCUCUGGGGUUUGUGACUAUUUAGCAAGGAAAAAGAUAGCAAUUGGUUAAGAGAUUCCUCCAUUUUUAAACGCAGCACCUGGUUGGUUGAUUUUGAAGCAUUUGGUGGUGAUUCUGAUGAACAUCAAAUGUUGAUUUAUCGUUAAUUUGUGCACGUGGGCUUUAGUUUUUGUUUGUCGCUUUUCAUAGGUUGUAUGUUUUUGCUCGUGACUAAAAUGUGUUGGAACCUGUUAGCUUUUCUCGUGUUAUCCACUCGAUUUCAUUGCCUAUUCCCAAUCUGGAAACUUAAAUUAAUCACGUUUUCAACCGAUGUAUUUUUUUUUGUUUCAUGGAUCUUGUUGAUUUUACAUUAUUAUACAUGCUAAUUUCAGAGAGCAAUAUUAUUCUAUACAUACUUGUGUGUUUCAUAGGUUUUCAGAUUUUUUUAAUGUGUGCGUGUAUAUGUUUUCUAGCUACUGUUUUGAUGCAACAUAGAUUUAAUUUAGUUUUUUGGUGAGAAUGAGGGGAGUAAGAAGGUUAAGAAGAAGAAUAAGAAGAAAGGCAAUCUAUGUGGUUUCACGUUGAGGUUUAACUCAAAACGGCUGGGUGAUCUUGGGAAGUUGUUAUCACCGGAGAAGCAGAGAAUUAUAAGGAAGGGACCAUUCGGAGACUUGCUCGACAUCCAGCCUUUCAAAGUGCCUCAUGAGCAAAUCGAGCUUGUUGUGAUGCACACGAAUCACAUACUCCGUGAGUUCCAUUACAAGAACAAGUCCAUCAACUUCAGCAAGCUCAUGGUGAAAAGGAUCUUCAAUGUGCCAUCCGGUGAUAGACCUGUGAAGCUUUUAAAAAAGAGCGAUGAACAUGUCCUUUGCAACAUAUACAAGGAGGGAAACAGGGCGCCAAUUGCACAUGUUAUCAAGUUGCUUAAAGAUUGCGGCAAUGAGGACAAGGUUAUGAUAAAUAGGACAUGGGCACUCAUUGCGUUGGCAACAGUUGUGUGCCCAGGCACUGGUAAUAUGGUUAACCUUGAGUAUCUAUCUUCCCUUGAAGACAUGCACUCGAUGCAUGACCUCGCUUGGGAUAAACACUUGUUGACACGAGCAAUGGAGGAGGUUGUAGUCUUUCAAGAGAAGAAGAGGAUGCAAGUAACAGCAGAAAAUCCAGUAGAGUUCCAGAUUUGCUCAUGCCUUCCCAUGUUAGCGAUCAUAUAUAUGGAUCAUGUUGAUAUUUCGGCCGGCCUUCCAAACGAGCAUGUCAUUGAUUAUUCUGUGUCAAGGAUAUGUUUUAUUUGUCGAAAGGAUUUCAAUUGGUUGGAUAAAGUUGACAAGAACAAGUUUACUCUUGUCCAGCCUUUCUACGAGAAACAUACCCAAAUCCGGAAUUUGUGCAACACACCAUAUGCCGCACAACUUGUGGGACUGGAAAUUGGUGCUAAAGCAGCCAAUGCGCAGGGAGUUGGUGCCGAUGUAGCUAAUGGCCAAGGGAGCCAAGUUCAAGGUGUUGAAAAGCAAGCAAAGGCCACUCAAUCAAACGAGGCUCAAGCAAAUGUUGAGGUUGAACCAAACCUAUCAUCAUCGCUCAACGAUUGGCUGCAACAAUCAUUCCCUACCAUGCAAGAUCUGAGGGAAGUUUUUGUUCAUCUUCAUCUUCUCCUUUCAUUUUUCAUAUCCUUUUUUGUUAGCCCCUGCAUCAAUUUAUGUACCUAGUUGCAAGUGCAUAUUCUUUUUGCUACAUCCAUUACUCUGAUGUGCUACAACCACAUUUCAGUUUUGAUACAUAGUGGGUUCAGGUGCAUACUUACCUGUUUUUGCUUCAUCCAUAUCAGUAAUUUACUACAACCACAUUUGUGUUUUAAUACAUAGUGAUACAGCCGCAGGCCUACUUGUUUUUUGCUUCAUCCAUACCUAUAAUGUGCUACAAACACAUUAUGUUUUUGUUACAUCCAUACUUUUUCAAAAGGCUACAUACAUGAUAAUUCGAAGCUACGCACAAGAUGACUAAAUUGUUCAACACAUGCCUUUGUAGGUACUAGAUCAGUUCCAAAUGAUGUAUGACAAGCACAAGGGGAUUUUUGCAGCGGAGGUUGAUGAUGUAGUAGGGAAGUUUGGACAAGGUUUAAAGGGAUUGCAGUGCAACCGGAUGGCCGCUCUGCUUCAUGAUGUAGGAGACGCCAUCACAGCUUCUGAUGAGCCCAACAUUUCCUUUGCAACACCUACCAUGGAUGAAAAUCAACAGAAAGAGAGUGAUGCUCAAGCUGCAAACGUCGGCAUUGAUGGUCAAGCUGAGGUUGAAGCUGCAAUACCUAUCAUGAACAAGGAUCAAGUCAAUGGGGAGCUGAAAAAGAACCAAGAAGUUGCAAUAGAGGUCGCUGAAACUCAUGAGCAACAAAGGGUGAGUUUUGAGAUAGAAGGCAACGUCUCACCUCGGAACCCCCACACUUCUGUGAUGCACCUAGGAGUGCAACAACCGGCAUUUGGGACAAUGAGCCAUCAUUCGAGUUGUUCCCAAAGGGCUCCGAAGAUUAUGAGUUGAUGCAUGGCAACAAUGAGCUUACAAACUGAAAGAGCAACCCCAUCUAUUCCAACAUCCCUAUGUGAAAGUGCUAGUAUCGACUAGAGGGGGGGGGUGAAUAGGCGAUUUUUAUGAAAGUCUUCAAAACAUGAUAGUUUCGAAGACAAACAC